AUGCGCUUCUCCCAGACCGCCCUCCUCGCGCUCGCCAUCGGCCUCACGCACGCCACCAUCUCCCUCAACAGCACCCUCGAGCUCGACGGCGAAUUCUACUGGAACGCCAUCAUCCUCCCCAGCGCGCCGCUGAGCGCCUCCUGCACGGCCGCCUGGGCAACCCCCAUCCCCUGCUCCGACUGGCUGCUCAAGUUACAAGGCGCCAGCAGCCUCAGCGAGUCCGAGGUGUUCACGCAGCCCGUGCUCUCCGAGCUCUGCACCGCCGACUGUAUCGCGGGGCUCGAGUCGUGGCGCGACGAUCUCCGCGAUGCGUGCAGCGACGAGGACACCGCCGCGGCUAGCACAGUCGACCUGACGCGGUCGACGGCGGCGGCGACGCAGUGGGAGGGGAGUGAGCGGGGACAGUUCUUCCUAGGUAGCUUCUUGAACGAGAGUGUGUACAUGGUUGAGUAUUUGUACUAUGCGGCGUGUCUUAAGGAUCUACCCACAGACACAUUCUGCUACCUCCUCCCCUCCACGGACCCGUUCAACUCCCCCAACGAGAACAUCACAAACACCACCUCGCCCACCUCCGAUGAGGCAAAGGCAUACUGCAACAGCAGCUGCACCACGCAGCAAAACCUGUGGAUGCUCGACAUCGUCGCGCCCACCGUCGCGGAGGCCGACUUUUCGGACUUGGCCAACGCCACCAUGCUCUGCCCCGGGCUGGAUACUAGUAAGUAUCCGUUCCUCGCGGAGAUAAACGGGGGGAACACUACCUCCGGCUCGAAUGGCAGCGGGAGUGGAAGUGGGAGUAGCAGCGGCAGUGGAAGUGGAAGUGCCAGUGGGAAUAGCACAGAGGAGGGCGCGGCGGUGAUGCUGAGGGGUGGGAGCGCGCUUGUGUGGGGUGUUGCGGCGGUGGUGGGCGCUGUGGUGGCGGGGUUUAGUGGGUUGUAG